AUGGAGCUCAGCCCUGUGCUCAAGGCCUGGGAGGUGAUCCCACGGACCCCAGAAUCUGUCUUGGAGGUUCAGUUUCCGGGACCAUGCUGCUCCAGCCACAUCCUGGAUGAUGGCACCGAUACCAGGACAUUCCGCCUGGUGACUGCAUCUGCUGUGGGACUGAAUGACAGAGCCAGAGGGGUCAAAGGUGACACCAGCAUCUCCAGCACAACCUUCAAGGGCUUCAGGGGGAUUAUUCGCACUGUGGGAGUGGAUGACAGACUCUCCUUGGAAGUGGACAGUGGGGUCCUCUCCAUUCAGGACAGCAAGGAGAGAAAGGCCUGGGUGAGGCCCUGCGGUAGGGAGGCCAACACUCGAGGGUACAGGGUACCAGAAACGGGGGUGAUCACGGGUGCUUACCAGAAGCUGGGAGAGACCUGGAAUGCAUCCCGCGACGGGGGGGGUCUGCAAUGGGGGAGGCAGCAGGGGACCUCCCCUCGCAGAUGGGGCUUUCCCCUAGGGCGUCUCGCCGGGGUCCCCCCACUCCCCUCACAACCACGCGCGGGGCCGAGCAGGGCGCGGUCGUCGCGGCCCCUCCGCGCCGCUCGCGCUCCCGAGCCGCCAGGGGGCAGCGCGGCGCGCGGGGCUGGGUGCGGGCGCAGUGGAGCCUCGCGGUCGCCCGCUCUACCCGCCGGAGGACCAGACCCCUCGGGCUCCGAUCCGGCAGGUCCGGGGCGCGCCCGGGAAUCUGUGUGCUUCCCAGGGCCCCGGGCGGCGGGGGCGCCGCGGCUUCCAGAGCCUGGGCUCCGGUUCCUAUUCCCCAAGACCAGCCCCGCAGGACCCGGCCCCAGUCUUGGGAGAUUUAAGCAUUGCCGAACCUCGCGUGGGCAACCUUUGCGGGUGCCCACCAUGUGCUGGGCUCGAAUGGUCCAAGAUGAAUACGAGAAAGGAAUUGUGGACUUCCUGGGCUCGGCUCACGCCUGCGCUGUGGCCUGGACACUGGUGUGGUUCUUAGCUCCCACAGCUGUGCCACCUGAGGGCCGCUGGGCCACAGUGGAGCCAGAGCUGCUGCUGUACAGCCAGGUGGGGCUCCUCUCGGUGUGGGUGGCUGCUGUCCGGAGGCAUGCAGGGGUCGUGGGCAACUCGAAGCUCCCGCUUCUCCGAGGUCACCUGGGCCCCGGGACUUGUGACGUGCCACCAGGCCCGUGUGAGCAGGUGGUGUUCCACAUGGCACAUCUCUCGGGCAGGCGGCUCAGUGCGGAGGAAAAGGGACCUAGAGCCCCCGUUGGGCCCCAGCUGUGA